AUGGCGGAGGGCGGCCAGCCCCCGCAGCAGCAGCAGCAGCAGCCACAGCCGCAGCUCCUGGCCGGCGGCGGCGGCGGCGGGGGGGCCGCCCGCGGCGUGAAGCGGGAGCCGGAGCUGGAGCAGCCCAUGCCCGGUGGGGACGGCGCCGAGGGCGGCCACAGCAAGCGGCUGCGGACAGAGGCGGAGGCCGACGGCGGCGGCAUGCAGAACGAGCCUCUGACUUCAGGUUAUCAUGGAUACCCAGCAAGAGACAAUCAAGGUAACCAGGAGCCAGCAGCAACUCCUGAUGCAAUGGUGCAGCCAUUCACCACAAUCCCAUUUCCGCCACCCCCACAGAAUGGGAUUCCUACAGAGUACGGGGUGCCACACACUCAGGACUAUGCAGGCCAGACCAGCGAGCACAAUCUGACGCUCUACGGAAGCACGCAGCCGCAUGGAGAGCAGAGCACGAACACAGCCAGCACGCAGAACGGAUCUCUUGCACAGACAGAAGGAGGGGCACAGACAGAUGGACAGCAAUCACAGACGCAGAACAGUGAGAAUACCGAGAGCAAAUCCACUCCAAAACGACUUCAUGUGUCUAACAUUCCUUUCCGCUUUCGAGAUCCUGACCUUCGGCAGAUGUUUGGGCAAUUCGGCAAAAUCCUUGAUGUAGAGAUAAUCUUUAAUGAGCGUGGCUCCAAGGGAUUCGGGUUCGUAACUUUCGAGAAUAGUGCUGAUGCAGACAGGGCCAGGGAGAAAUUACACGGCACCGUGGUAGAGGGCCGUAAAAUCGAGGUUAACAACGCCACAGCGCGAGUGAUGACCAAUAAGAAGAUGGUCACACCUUACGCAAAUGGUUGGAAGUUGAGUCCUGUGGUUGGAGCGGUGUACGGCCCUGAGUUAUAUGCAGCGUCCAGCUUUCAAGCAGAUGUCUCGCUGGGCAAUGACGCCGCAGUGCCCCUGUCAGGAAGGGGGGGUAUUAACACUUACAUUCCUUUAAUCAUUCCAGGCUUCCCCUAUCCAACUGCAGCCACCACAGCAGCCGCAUUUCGGGGAGCCCAUCUGAGGGGCCGAGGAAGGACAGUAUAUGGGGCAGUCCGGGCGGUACCUCCCACAGCCAUCCCUGCCUACCCAGGUGUGGUUUACCAGGACGGAUUUUACGGUGCUGACCUCUAUGGUGGAUAUGCAGCCUACAGAUAUGCACAGCCUGCUACUGCAACAGCAGCCACGGCCGCUGCAGCCGCUGCAGCAGCUUACAGCGAUGGUUAUGGCAGGGUGUACACAGCAGAUCCUUACCAUGCCCUUGCCCCUGCCGCUAGCUACGGAGUUGGUGCUGUGGCGAGUUUAUACCGAGGUGGCUACAGCCGAUUUGCCCCCUACUGAAGUGACGUGAGCCCCCUGCAAGUGGGACAGCCCCCCCAGUUCAUGAGGCCUGGCUAUUGCAAUAUUUACUAGUAGAGGAACUCUAUAGCAAGACGAGGAGGAAAAACAAAAAACAAAAGAGAAAAUACUUUUUUAUACCUCACUAUGUUCUUUGAAUAUGUAUUUUUUUUCCUUUAAAUUUCUGCCUUUAAUUCUUUUGUUCCAAAGAUUGUGCAUUUUUUUGGUGUUUUUUUUUUUGUUUUCGUUUUUUGGGUUUUUUUAACUGUGGUAAAAAUAAUGCAUUUCCGUGUCUGUA